AGGUCUUCUGGGAAUUGUAGUCCAAGGUUCUGGCCGUCCGAGGGCAUUAGUUGCCGUCUGAGGUCCCAGGGAGGAUGGAUUCCGGGGCGGACGCGGAGCCGCUCGCGGGCCUGGUCUGGUCGUCAGCCUUAUCGCCGCCGCCGCCGGGUUUCAGCGCGAUCACCUCUACCGUGGAGGGCGCGACCGCCAGCUUCGGCCGCGGCUUCGCGCAGAAGGCCGGCUACUUCCUGUGCCUGAGCCCACUGGGCAGCCAGAAGAACCCUCAGGACAGUGUGGUAGUGGACAUGCAGAUCGUGAUGGACAAGGGCCCUCUGCCGUCUGGCUUUUCUACCGUCAACGACUCUCUAGACGCCAAGGCCUCUGUGUCCAAGAAGAAACGCAUGUGUGUGAAGCUGAUGCCCCUGGGGGCUGCCGACAUGGUUGUAUGUGACGUGAAGCUGAGUGGGAAGACCAAGACAGUGCCCGGAUACCUGCGAGUGGGGGACAUGGGUGGUUUUGCCAUCUGGUGCAAGAAAUCCAAGGCCCCAAGGCCAGUGCCCAAGCCGCGCACUAUCAGCCAGGAUAUGCAGGGCCUGUCGCUGGACCCACCCAGACAACCGAGCAAAAGCAGCCACCCUGAGCGGACGCUGUCCAGACUAGGCUCCCGAGCAUCCACGCUGCGGAGGAGUGACUCCGUCUACGAGGCGUCCAGUCUCUACGGCAUCUCAGCCAUGGAUGGGGUUCCCUUUACACUGCACCCCCGAUUCGAGGGCAAGAGCUGCGGGCCUCUGAACUUGUCAGCCUUUGGGGACCUGACCAUUAAAUCACUGGCAGACAUUGAGAAGGAGUAUAACUAUGGCUUCGUGGUGGAGAAGACAGCAGCUGCGCGCCUGCCCCCCAGCGUCUCAUAGUCCCUACUCGGGUGCUCCCUGCCUGCCACCUGCUGGCUGACACCCAGUCUUGCAGUGCAGCCCGGCAGCUUGGAGAUAGGGUCUCCUGCGUGGACAGCAUUUUCUCUUCACUUGUCAAGUCUUGUGUUUGGAGACUGCACAUGCGCCAACACUAAACAGUUCCUGGUACCCGCCAUGUGUGGUCUUUUGUUUUCUUUCUUUGAAGAUUUUUUUUAAGUGUGUGUGUGAAUGUGGGUGUUCUUGGAAGCCAGAAGAGGGCAUGGGAUCCCCUGGAGCUCCCUGACAUGGGUGUUGGCGACCGAACUCUCUUCCUCUGCAGGGCCUUUAUGUUAUUUAUAAGAUCAGGGUCUCGUGAAGCACAGACUGUUGGAAAACCCGCCGCGCAGCCCAGGGUGAUCUUCGAGCUCUACCACACCUGGUUUGGGUGGUGGUCAGCCUGGAACCAGGUUCUGUUCUUGUGCAUUCCAGGCAUGCCCUCUGCCAACCGAGGUGCAGCCUCAGCCUUAGGAUUUAGUUUUUAAUUUAUUUUAAAUUUUGGAAUUUUUCCGGAGAUUGGUUUUGUGCAGCCCAUCCAGAAUGACCGUGAACUUAAAUUAUUUUUUAAAAUUAUAUGUGCAUUGGUGCUCACCUCCUCACAAUUGUGUGAGUGUGUCAGGAGCCCUGAACCUGGAGUCACGGACUGCUGUGAGCUGCCAUGUGGGCGCUGGCGAUUGAACCUAGUCUCUCUGGAGGCCUUGUUAGUGCUCUUAACCCAAGCCAUCUCUCUGGCCCCAAACUUAAACAGUUUUAACUUUUAUUUAUUUGUGGGGAGAGGGAUUCCUGAGUGCCAUGUGCAGAGGUCAGAGGACAAUUUCCAGGAGUUGGUUCCCUCCUGCUGUGUGGCUGUCUCUCUGAGGCUCCCUCCACUGAGGAAGGAAACAGCUCAGUCUCUGAACUGACCAGAUGCUCUAGGCCUCAUCCCCCCAGUUGUGUAUAAGCUGCUGAGAGCGGCUCAGACAAGCUGAGUGUCCUGGAAAGGACCCCAACCUAUGAAGCUGCCUGCGGGGUGUGUCUGCUGAUGUAGCUGUCUGUGAGUCAUUUCUGCUCUGUAAGUGACCCAAAUAAAACUUAGUGCUUCAU